ACGGGUAAGUUAGUAUCCAAGCCCACAGCCUAUUUUCAGUAUUUUGAGAUAGAGAGAGACGCAUCACAACUUCACAAGCAAUUCCACGAUUCAAGCAUCAGAGUAGAUCGAAAACCAAAGCUCCGAUACUUCUUUUUUCGUUGACGAAAAUAGAUAGAAAGAAAGGUGGAGGUUGCCAAGAACAAGAGGGAGAGCAGACGCCGGGCUAGGGUUCGGAACCCUAGCCCCCGGCCCUAUUUGCGAUGGAAUAGCCACGUUGUACCCCAAAGAGCAUAGACGAGGAGAGAAACAAUAAAUAACUACGGCCUGGAGUCGCGAUCUGAUGACAACUGUUUAGCAGUGAGUCCAUCGCCAAUGCCUGAAAAUCAAGAAUCCAUGGUUGUUUGUUGGUGUAAUCUGCAAAUCAAAGUGAUUGUCGGCAUUAUCGGGCUACUUUUCAUGGGAAAGCUGCUUGAACCAAUGAGGGAAUUUAUGAGGGAAUUUCUGAAGUUUAUCUUCAUUGUGAAGUUCCCGACUCCCGUCUGUAUUUUCAUUACAACUAUAUUAUUGUAUUACAUACAAGACAUGAAAACUACAUGUAACUCCUGUAAGUUAUGUAUAAUCCUUUAUAUGGCUUAAAAUAUUAUUUUAGACAUAUUUCAUACUUUAGCUUUUUCUUGGUUUCUAGUUUUUAUAUUCUAUCCAUUCUCAUUAACUAUUGUGCUUAAAAAAUACUAUAUAGACAAAUCAACUUGGUUUGUCAUUGUGUUAAAUAUAUUUUAUUCUAAUUGGACAUGACCUUACUGUCUCAUAUUCUCUAUUGACAUGCAUUCUCUUCUACAUUCCAUUAAUGCCUCUCAAUAUGACUUGAUAUUCUACGUUUACUCCACUGAUGCAUUUCAAGUGUGAACCUAAGUAUUUUCUUAAUUUUCUAUUCCUUUCAAACCUCUUCAACAAUUAUCUACCUACUUCCGACUUUGAAGGGGUACUUUAUGAUUCCUUAGUUGGCAUCAAGCAAAUCAUGCUUGAUGAACAUUAUGUUUUUUACUUGUUAACGAACAAAGUGAUGUUUCUAACUCUCUCUCCUUGUUAGGGGUGUAUGCAGUGAGGAUGAUGAGGAUAGUAAUAUUGACAAUGGCUAUUGUGAAGAUGACAUUGACAAUGAUGAUUGCAACAACAAUGAGUAUGGAGAGGUGACUUCUUUCCUCUCUAUUAACUCUCAGAAUUCCUGGUUUUUGAGAGAUUAAAUAUUCAGUUUAUUUCUCCUUCCUUUAACAUAAGCGUGAGAGUAUUUAGAGCUUGUGUCACCCUCUUUUAACCAUUUAAUGAUUUCUUUUUUAUGGCCACAACCCAACAAGAGUACGUCUUGCAUUAGCCAAGUUGGAACUAACAUACCAGAGUGAACUAACAUAAUUUAAUCUUUUGAUGAUUUCUUUUCUGCUGACAGAUUCCAUUCUAGAAUAUGCUGUCUCUAUGUAACCCUUGGUCUUGAGUACGACAUAUCAACAAUGUUGGAAAAGUAGUUCCAGAUUUUCUUUUCCCUACCACACUAGAGAAGUGUAUGUUUAUUUUCCUCUUUAGCAGUCUUGCAAAAUUGACACUAAGUCACUAAGUGUAAGCCAAUCUUUCUUACAUUUUUAGGAAAGGCAGUAUCUCAUUGUUUAUUUUUCAAAAAACACAUCUUUAUUUCAGCGAUAUGCAGAUAGUUCCAAUUGUAUUUGGUACUCAACUGGAUUGUGUGAUGUUCUCUUAUUAGUUGGUGCUCAGGUUAGUCUAUCUUUUUAAUUUUAUACAAUGAUAAAUAUGUGUGACUGAGAUUGAUUGUGAAACUAAUUUUUUGGGUUCUUAUAGUGAAAAUAAGACAUGCAUUAAUUUUAAUAUGGCUACUGAUUAUUAGUUUAUUUGUUGGAUUUUGGUUUCUAAAUGUAUGGCUUUGCUUGAUUGUGUGAUGUUCUCUAUUUUAGGUUUGAGAGAAUGCAGAUCUCUGUACAAUUAUUUAAAUGAUGAAAUAGUGUGCUAUACACUCAUGAGUCAUGACAUAUGGUAUUGGAAAUAUAUCACUAAUGCAUAGAACCAGACAUAUCCAAUCGAGUAUUAAUAUGCACUGUUUUUAGGCCUCAAGUUGUUGCAAAGCAUAUAGUUGCUGUUGGCACCAACCUUGUAUUUAAAUUUAUUCUUUAUUUUUAACUAUGAAUUAUCUCUUGAAACAAUAUCUACCUCUAUUACUUGCUUGGAAGAGGCUCAAUAUGAUCACCGUGCAAAAACAUAAAGAAUGAAGCAGAGAUUAACUAGAAGAUGAUGAAAUCAUCCCAUGGUUAAGGAUUUGCACUGUGAAAUUGACCAACGGAUGCAAGGUCAAGAUAAAGACUCAUACACUCGUUUAGAUAGAGAUUAAUGAAGGUCAAGUAGAGUGGGAGGAGGUGGUUGAUUCAUACUUGCAGCAGAUUUUGAUCAUAUAACUCGCUACUAUUUUCAAGUUAAAAAUAUGAGGUCUAUAUUGUAUAAUUGAAAGACUUGUAUUCUACAAAGUAUUUGUCAAUUAAAAUGAUGAUAUGAAGAAUUGUAUUACAUUUGUGGAGACACAAUGUUUGUAUUUUAUAGUAAAAAGAGGAUAUAAAU